CUUUUUUCUGAUGGGUAUCGGCUCCCUGCUGCCCUGGAACUUCUUCAUAACGGCGAAGCAAUACUGGCUCUACAAACUUAGCAACAGCACUGACCAGAACAAACACUCCGGUCUCGGACUACUUUGAAAGUUACGUGUCCAUUGCUUCAGCGGUGCCUUCUGUGCUGUGCCUGAUACUCAGCUAUUUUCUUGUUAACAGGCUAGUACAAACUAUACGCACACGUCACACAGAUUACAGUCCAUUUCAAAAAGAUUUACAUUGUACUUUUCCACAGAAGUGUGACGUUGUAAGAAAAUUAUAAUUUUUUUUUUACAGAUAGAAAUGAAACCAUGGCAUUUGUAUUCAGCCCCCCUUACUCUGAAACCCCUAAACAAAUCCAGUGCAGCCUAUUGCCUUCUGAAGUCAUGUAAUUAAUAAAUUGAUGAAUCUCUCAGCUGUUAUGUGAAGACGUCAGGGGUUUGUUGGAGAAAAUCAGUCAACAAACAUCAUCAUGAAGACCAGCUGCUUACCAUUAAAGUUGGUAAUGUGACAAAAUAUGUAAAGCUUGAUGGGACACAUCAAGCUUUUCAUAUUUAUGAAAAUGGUGAUGAAGCAUAGAGGCCUCAGAGACUCUACUGCGCUGUUUAUUUAUUUAUUUAUUUUUAUCCCAGUAGCAACUCUCCUCUGUUUGAUUGCUCAUAGGUUGUCUCCAAAGGUUCGAAUCCUGUCCUCCCUCGUCGUGAUGCUGUUGGUGUUCGUGGUGACCACGGUGCUGGUGAAGGUGGACGUCUCAGAAUACAGGAUGGAGUUCUUCGCCGGCACACUUGUCAGCGUUGCUGUGGUCAGCGGAGCCUCCAACAUCUUCUGUGGCAGCAUGUUUGGGAUCAGUGGCUAUUUUCCCAUGAGGAUCUCUCAAGCCUUUAUAUCAGGCCAAGCGAUGGGGGGCACCUUGACUGUACUAGCAUCGAUAGUGACCCUAGCUGUGUCUGAGGAUGUGACCACCAACGCUCUGUCCUAUUUCCUGAUAGCAGACGUCUUUAUCCUGCUCUGCAUUAUUUCGUUUUUGCUUUUGCCAAACUAUGCAUAUUCAAGGCACUACAUGGCGGCAGCGACCUGCGUCAGUCCUGGGACGCUCAAUGAGGAGCGGAGUCCAGCAGGCGGAGUCCCUCCGCUGCAGCCCAUCAUUAAGAAGGCCGGGGUGCUUGGACUCUGCGUCUUUUAUGUCUUCUUCGUCUCAAUCUCAGUAUUCCCUUCCGUCUCAUCGGGAAUCCAGUCUAUGAACACGGACAGCGGCAGCCCCUGGGCAACAACUUAUUUUGUACCUCUGACCAGUUUUCUCCUUUAUAACGUUGCAGACUUUAGUGGCAGGCAGGUGACAGCCUGGGUGCAGACCCCUGGCCCCACCAGUCGGGUCCUGCUGGUGCUGGUGCUGUGUCGCUCCGUGAUGGUGCCACUUCUCAUGUUCUGUAACUACCAGCCACGGAACCACCUCCAUACUGUGCUGUUCCCCCAUGACGUUUACCCUGUGGUCUUCAACUGCCUGCUGGGUCUCUCUAACGGCUACCUGGGUACCCUGCCGAUGAUCUAUGGACCAAAGGUGGUUCCCCGGGAGCUGGCCGAAGCCACAGGAGUGGUCAUGUCCUUCUUCCUCACUCUGGGGCUGGCUGUUGGAUCUGCGUUUUCUGUUUUAAUUGUGCACAAUAUCUGAACCAAAGCCAUAUAUAGCUUUGUAGUGAAGGAAAACAUACAGCCUUUACUUUCACUGGACCACCAGGUGUCAGUUCCUCUGUACCUCAUCUGGUUUCCAGUGUCGUCUCAAUCCUACAGUAAUUGGUGCCGAUUCUAAGAACUGAAGCAUUAUGUGUGCAAUUUGACAUAUUGCAGAAAUUAUACACAGGAUAUGGAGGAGAUGAAAGUUUGGGGUAAGCAAUAAAUGAAACACUUUGUUUAUAAUUUUGCUAAAAUAUAAACAAUGUAAAAAGAUUACAUGAUGAUGAGUUUAAAAUGUAACUGUGUAACAAGUACAUUUUGCUGACGAUAAAAGACCCAAGUUGCUUUUGUUUUAAGCAAGCUUGAUUCAUCAUUUCUAUGGUACUAACAAGGCUUUGUGAAGGCUGGGUCACAACACUUCCUGAUACUUUGUCCUAAAUGUGUUUUGUAGUUAAAUUAAUUGAUUAAUUCAGCUUACUGUGAAUUUGGAAGAACUUUGUCCUCCUUCCAUGUGAUCUCUGGCUUUGAAACUACUUCCAAAUAUUGUGGUCAUAAGAAAACAACUCCAGAAGCUAGUGCAUAUGCCAGCUAAUCUUGCUGUUGAAUGACCUUGAGUGACCCAUCAACCCAUUACCAGCUUUGACCUUCAUCUUCACAAGGGGCUUUUUGCACAUUCUGUACCAAAAUUCUCCCUAGGACAAGGAACCUGUCCCCUUCUUGUAUUCUUCUAGUAUUAAGCAAUUGCAAAUUGUCUGAAUGAACCUAACACAAGGAGACCUUUAUCUGCCAGCAAGGUAGAAUGAUGUAUAUUUGGCAAAUUUUCAGUUAUUGUUUAACUGUAGACUUAGCAUUUUCUAGAGUCAUCUGACUGAUGGUACUCCUAUCUUCUGCAAGUAUUGAGGAGGAAUGACACUGUUUUCACCUUGACUUUCUGUGAAACUUUAUAAUUGGUAUCAUGUUUGAAAUCAUGUCUGUACAGAUACUUGAGCUUUGGUAAGCAAAAAUGCCACUAAGCAUGACUAUAGAUUUAACAUAUUUGCAAAGUUUGUACAAAGUGUGAUGACUCAAGGUUAAUAUGGAGACAGUGAGAACUGUUUUGGUUUGGAAAUUACUUUAAUUGAUAAAGUCAAAUCAACUGAAUCGUUCAGUUGCACAAAGCAGAUUUAAGAUUCUGGCAUUGCAGACAAAUUUACAAAGAUAAGAGUGCAAACAUUGGGAAGUAGCCUCCACAUGUGCUCAUAAAAACAUCUGCAAAAUGUUCAAGAUUCACACAUAUUUGCUAAGAUAAUGACAAGCCAGUACAACAGUAAUUGGUUCACAAGGUUGCAGUCAGUAAAUCUAUAGGUGUGGGGUUGAAAUAAGUUUAAUCUGUCAUUUCAAGCAAGCAAUACAGAAAAUACAUACAAAAAUCAGACCUGACCAAGUUUCACAUCAUCACUUAUGUCUUCACCCCAACCUCCCACCUUCAAACCCUUCAUCUCCCAAACUAUAGAGA